GGAGAAAUGCGGUGAAAAGAGUGUCCAUGUUUACAACCGAACUUUCUGGUUACAUUGCAGAGGAUCGAUUAAAGUCCCCAGGGCCCGAGUAGGCGUGUUUCGGGUUGGAAAUCGAUUGCAUUCGAUUUGGAACCGGGCUGCCUCUCGGGUGUGAGCCAGGUGGCCCUUUCAAAAGCCACAACCCUUUCAGAGCAAGGGGAACAACUACUUCAAGGUCUCAGAGCGAGUGACGUCACCGAUCGAAACAUUAUUAGUGUGCACCCCGCUAACUAGCUAGUCAUUUCACACCGGUUACACACAGAUUACCGUUCGAUUUGAGAUUUGCCCUCCUCCCCGUUUUUGCCCGUUGAUGUGAGACGGGCCCGGUGCCCCGCGGCUGAGCAUAAUCGAAUCCGCCCAUUGUAACAACGUUGGAUUACAAUGCGAACGCUGCAGUUUCAUUGGUUUAUCAUUACAGAAAGGCGUGGUUAAAUCUUGUUUAUUCUGUUGAUUAUGAAAGGUCAAAUGGUGGUUGAAACCUAUGACAUUGCAGUAGGUUUUGGCAUAUGAAAAGGUGAGAAAUUGGCUAUCUAACGUUAAGAAUGGCCGGCGCACGCGCCCUCGGCUUCAAGGGAUGUCUGAAGAUUGGAGGCUCUCAAAUAAGAAAUCUGCUUAAUGCAAAAGAUUUCUUCCUUUUCGAUUGCGAUGGCGUGAUAUGGCACGGAGAAGAGGCAAUAACUGGUGCCCCUACGGUGGUGAGUUCUUUGAUCAAACACGGCAAAAACGUGUUUUUCGUUACAAACAAUUGCACUAGGCCACGUAAGAAUUACGUGAACAAGUUCUACCGUCUGGGCUUUACUGAUGUUAUGCAAGAGCAGAUAUUCAGCUCCUCGUAUUGUUCGGCGCUUUACCUGAGAGAUGUCGCUAAGGUGCAAGGUAAGGUGUUUGUCAUCGGUGGAGAGGGAGUGCGUAAUGAACUGUUGCAGGCUGGCAUUUCUUUCGUUGGUGACGAAGACGCGCCUGACGGCACUAUAUUUAACUGCGCAUUGGCCUCGGAUGUCAAAGCGGUCCUCGUUGGACAUGAUGACAAGUUUACCUUCCUUAAAUUGGCCAAAGCCUCCUGCUAUUUGCGGGAUCCAGAGUGUCUGUUUUUGGCCACUGACGUGGACCCCUGGCACCCGCUGCAAGAUGGAAGGAUAUUGCCAGGUUCUGGGUGUCUGACAGCAGCGCUGGAAGUGGCAACAGGUCGGAAGGCUAUGGUGAUAGGCAAGCCCAGCCCCUUCAUGUUUGAGUGCAUCUCCAGCCAGUUCAGAGUUGACCCAGCCCAGUGCCUGAUGAUAUCCCUUAUUGGUUUUAGAACAUGUGAAGAUCCAUAUUUCUGAAUGGCCUGUGACCGUUGCAGACUUACCACAUUGAUGAGGCAAUCAAUGCACAAAUAGUAUUGGAGAAACACUGAAAACAUUUGAAAAAGCCUUGAGAUAAUGACUGUCUUUUCAAUGUAUUAUCUUGUAAGUCAUUUAAUACAACUGGUGCCAGUACUGUCAGUUGAACUAUCCCUGUUGUGAACUCCUUUGCUGGAAGACUGAAAUGUGAGAUUUGACAUUCAUAGACUAUUUCCCUUGGGUGUGGUGUUUGACAUGCAUUGUCAGAUCCAAUAAAUGUAUAUUUUAUGAUA